UCACCCGCAACUCAUCCCACCAACACAUCAAAAAGCUCCAAAAAAAAAAAAUAAUCCAAAAAAUACCUUCUCCUUCUUGUACUUGUUGUAUUCUUCAACUUCUUUUACUCAUCAACAAUUUUGUUCCAUCAAAAAUUGGGAGCACUUGCACUAUCUUCACUGAUCUAAUCUUUUCUUCAAGCUUCAAAUUUCAUCUUUGGAAUUGCAACCACGCAUACUUUACACGUCAAAAUUCUCCUUGAUUUCCGCUUCUUAAUGGACACAAAGUCGAUUUGAAUUUGCAUCCUCAAUCAUGUCUUUCUUUGGAUUUGAUCCCAGUCAACGGCCUCAGGAGAGGGGUCAUAAUACUGCUGCUCCAGGUUUUGGUCAACAUGCAGAUCCAUUUGCGAGUCUUUCUGGCUCAGGAAAUGAUAAUGAAGCGUAAGAUGAUUUCUCAGUCGUUCUUGUACUUCCGUCGAUAGAAGGAAAAAGGCUAAUGCUUCUAUCUUGCAGAUUCGAUUUCGAGGAUACAUAUGACGGUUUAGGAGAUCAACUCGAAGAGACCGGUGAUGAUUUCAACGAUGAUACCUUUGGUGCCGGCGCGGGUGACUCUAUUGCAAGCAAGCCAGUUGGAAAGGACUUUGACUUUUUUGGACAAACUGCAAAAGUUUCCAGUGCUAUCAGUGAGGAACAAAUGCGAUACACCCGACAACAACCAGUAGUAUCUAGGACAACCCCAGCCACAUCUACCUUCUCACAACAACAUACGUCAAGACCUGCUAGGACUGGCUAUGAGCGUUACCAAGAGCCGGAAUAUGUUCCCGAUAUGCAGGUAGAUGCGAACCUUUGGGGUGUCGCACCAAAACAAGCUCCUCCUAAGACUGCUACUCCUCCCGUUGCUGGUACAUCAGCACCGAGCCGAAAGAUGAUGAGUUUAGAGGAAGUGGAAGCAGCAAUGAGAGCUCAAGCCAAAAAACCCUCGCAGCCUCAAGCACCUAUCCAGCAGCAACAAAUGCCACCAUCUCAACCACAGUACCAACAGCCUCCGCCUCAACAAUACCAAAAUUUUCACCCACAAGCUCCCCAGCAGCAACAUCAACAGCAAUUCCCGGUUCAAGUCAGCGCUGCACCUCAAUUGGAACAACGCCAGCUUCCUGUUGAGCAACCAAUUCAUAUCUUACAACGUCCCCAGGUUCCAACGAGCCAAGCCAAUGUUCCUUCUAUUCCAUCUCAACCUGCACAUAUGCAAAACAUGAACCGAUUCCCAGGUCAACCACAAGGCGCGCAACGUGGUCACCAUCACCCACAUGCUUCCGGAAACCGACAUGUUAUCACUCACCCACAACAAUUGGUAAACUUAUCUGAAGAAGAGAGAGCCGCAUUCUUGCUAGAAGAUGCCAAGAGAGCGAAGCGGAAUCACAAGAUCUUCUUGUUAUCGAAAGACAACGGUUUGAUGACACCUCAAGACAAGAACUUCAUUACCCGCAUCCAAUUGCAGCAAUUGGUUACCGCUACUGGAAACCCUAAUGAACAUGGUAUAGAUUCUUCUCUUUCCGAGGAUUUCUAUUACCAAGUUCACAGUCAAAUUCGAGGUGGACCUCGUCAAAAUCCCCAUCAACCUUUGAGCAACUUCGCGCAGACAUAUCUGUUUCAAACCGGCAAUCGUCAUGGUGGCAUGCGAAGACAAGCUCGUGGUGGCGAUAAUCAUGUACAACGUAUGGAGCAACAAGUACAGCGAGCGGUUGAGGCAGCGAAAAAUAAGCCAAAGAACAAGCAAUUGGUAAUUGAAGGAAGUCUGGGAAAGAUCUCAUUCAGCAAUGCAAAGACUCCUAAGCCCUUGUUGAACAUAAAGCGAACCGAUAGCAGUGAAACAAGACCUGGACAGUCUCCCAACCCUCGCAAGGCUAACCUCGCAAAUGUUAGCGGUAGCAACAGAAAGACUACCUUGACUGAUAUCGAGAAUGUUUAUAAUACACUAAUGGAGUUGGAGGACCACGAACGCUCAAAGCCCAGACCAUUGGGUCAUGAUGAGAUCAACCCACAAAUUGCUGGUAUGAACCAGGAUUGGGACGAACGACAACAAUUUCUCAACAAGCAAUUAUGGCGAAAUUUGAGAAUUCAUGAACCAAUUGGCGCAACGACUGUUCACCCUUUCAUCGCAUUCCUUUCCUUUAACAAGGGCAAAAAGGCAAUUCCUCGAGUUUUCAGGCACAUCUCUGAUGAACAACGUGCUACCAUUUUGACCAUGAUCAUUCUUCAUCUGGAUAAACUCGAUGUCGUUCGAUUGGCUGUACCUGGCCCUGACGGAAUUCAGCUCAGUGCUGAAACUCGAGAAAACAUCGAUCUCUUCCAGGUGACAGUCAUGUCAAGCCUAUUUGGAUUUCUUCACGAUGCUGACUUCCAAAUUACUACUGGAGUUUUGGGACUUAUUCUUAAUCUUAACAUCGAUUUGAUUGCUCGUACCAGAAUCGGUCUCAGUCUAUUGACCAUGAUUCUCAGUCGGGCUGAGAUUACCAAACAAGCCGGUGAUGUUGAUGAACGUGGAUGGAAUGACUGGUGAGCACAUCCUACCCUGCUUUUGGUAUAAUUCUAACAUUCAUUCUUUAGGUUGUCCACUCACAAUGCAUUUUUUGAUGCUCUUGAGCCCACACUUCCAGAAAUCUUCCCUGGUACGGUCAACACUGGUGAAGAUGUGUACGUUUGGCAAUUCCUUGCAGCCAUCGGUAUUGGUGCUAGCCCCGAGCAACAACAACGACUAGUCAUGGCUGUUAAGGAUCGUGUGAUGGAAACGGUUGGACUCGCAAAAACAUUACCUCCUGCCAUGUCUAGUCAACGACUUGCAAAUGUAAACCUCUUCAUGCGGUCUAUCGGACUUGAUGUUGAGUUACUUGCAUGAAUGAUGGAGACCAAUAUCUUUUCAUAUUUUAAACCAUAUUGAAUUUUCUUUUUUCUCUACUACGAUAUCUGAUGGUCGAAACCAAUGAAAGGGUUUGUUGGUAUUGAUUAUAGUGGCAUAUUAAAUUUUGCUUUCCACAUUUUUGUUAGGUGACGAUUACGAGAGUAUAGCAUUAAGCGGUCUCUAUGGGACAGCACUUAUGAAUGGGAGCGUUUUCAGUGGAUGGCGGAUUAUCAAAAAAAAAGUAUCAUUAUUAUGAUUUAGGAAGAAGAAUGGCUAUGGUUGGUGAUGAGCAUUACAUUGUUUUAGGAGAGCAUGGGGAUAUGACAAUAUGUUGACUUUUUUACAAGAUGGAGAGCUCAGGCGGAUAGAAAAUACUAUGACAUGACAGCACAUGCAAAAUGAAAUGCAAUGAUGGCAUGAUGGCAAU